AUGGGCUCAGAUGGAGAAAAUAGAGCUUAUCCAUGUUUGCUUUGUAACAGAAAGUUUUGCAGUUCACAGGCACUAGGAGGGCAACAAAAUGCUCACAAAAAACAAAGAACAGCGAAAAAAGUUUUUGAUGCAGCAAAUCUAAUCCUUGCUACUAACUCUAAUAAUCAUCAUUAUAAUUCUUGGUUAAGCUAUCCAACAGCAUCUCAUGCAUCAAAUCUUCAUCAGUUUUCUCAUAAUACCCACCAUCAUGAUCAUCAUCAGCAAUUCUCUGAUGGGCUUGGAUCACAUGUUGCAGCUAGGUCUGAUUUUGGUAUCUAUAGCGGUGGUGGUGGUGGUAAUCAUCAUGGAUUUAGUGUUAGCAACAGUCAUGAUGUUUCGGUAACUUCGUCUUAUCAUCAACGUGAAAAUGAUCACGAUGAACAGAGUUUCUUGAAUUGGCAAAAGAGUUUAAGAGAAAACGCAGGGUGCAUUAAUGGAGAAUCAUCAUCUACUAGUACUACUACUAGUUCAUCUCAUCUUUCAUUGCUGAUUAUUAAAGAACGUCUUGAUCAUUAUUAUCAACAACAAAUGAAGAUUGGUGAUAAGCAGGAUGAGGAACAGAAACUUGACGUCUUGACCUAUCUUUGCAUCUAUAGUUGA